AACUGAGAAACCCUCUGACGGAAGCGAAACCCAAAGUUACCUUCAAUCUCUGAUUGCUAAACCCUAGUUACGAAUUUCGAAAGCCGUCUACGCGACAAUGAGUUCGGCGGGAUCGACCAAAGGUGGAAGGGGUAAGUCCAAAUCCUCUAAAUCUGUUUCUAGGUCUCAGAAGGCUGGUCUUCAAUUUCCCGUUGGUCGCAUCGCUCGCUUUCUCAAGGCUGGAAAGUAUGCCGAACGUGUUGGUGCCGGUGCUCCCGUGUACCUCUCUGCCGUAUUGGAAUAUCUUGCUGCUGAGGUUCUUGAGCUUGCUGGUAAUGCUGCUAGAGAUAACAAGAAGAGUCGCAUUGUUCCAAGGCAUAUUCAGCUUGCUGUACGUAAUGAUGAGGAGUUAAGUAAGCUCUUAGGAUCUGUUACUAUUGCCAAUGGUGGUGUCUUGCCAAAUAUUCAUCAAACUCUUCUGCCAAAGUCAAUGGGUAAGGGAAAAGGCGAUAUUGGGUCGGCAUCCCAAGAAUUCUGAGAUUCCACCACUCUGGAGUUAGAUUUGGAAGAUGGAGUUUGUUGCCACCUGAUCUAUCUGAUUACAUUUUACAUAUUCCUAUGUGAUAAGAACAUACACUUCACAUAAAUUCUUUGCUGCCUUUUCAUGCGGAAAACAUGAACUUUACGGUGUGGAUCACAUGUUAGAAAAAUAUGAUAUUCAACAACUUAGGCGGUUUUUUAAUGAAUUGUAAUCCAUAUGAUUAGUGGAAUGAUAUGCUACAUUUUGGCCCCCGAAGAAGUUUUCACCUUGCUUUU